AUGAAUGUGAAAAGCGGACCCGUCGGUCCAAGGUGGCCGAGUGCGGGAGUGAUGAAAGUGGAAAAAUCGACCAGACGGUCCAAACUCGGCCGACCCAGCGGACCGACGUUGCGAGUUCUUGUGUGUUCGUUAAACCUCAGACCCGAAUGCGGAACGAAGGCCGAGCCGUCGCCUAAUUGGACGCUAUUCUUGAUGUCAACCGGAGAUUUUUCCUGGGAGCUAUUGGCGGCACUUCGGUCGCGCUUCGUUUGCGGUUCGUUCGUCUUGCGUGAUUUGGGAGGAAGUGAGGAUUCCAGGCAGGGAUUCGUCAAUUCUCUCCGACCAGCCGUCAGAGCGAUUUCCCAGAGCCUCCAAGCACAACCAACCAGGGCACCUGUACCUGAGAGCGCUAUGGCCUCGGGGCCAUAG